UCCCUCCCAUGAAAAUUUCAGUGGGAUUCGGUGAUCACAUUUCAUUCAAUUCAAGAAAUUGUAGUCGAGAUUGAUCAGAAUUUUGUUUCAUAAAAGAGGUUUUUUUCCCCCUAAUUUGUGUGAUGGACUUCGAAUUGAGGAGGGCAAGAGAGAAGCUGGAGAAGGAGCAGAGAGAGAGGAAACAGAGAGCGAAGCUCAAGUUAGAUAGAGAGAGGAAGGUCAAGCAGGAAACCGUUCGCCAACGGGAAGCCAUAGAAGCGACUCAGCGGCAACGCCGCCUCGAUGCCGCCGAAGCUGAAUUCAAGGCUAAUCAGCUAGCAGAGGACAGCUCGCUUGCUGGUCGAGGAGUUGUUUUUUCUCGUAUUUUAGAAGCCGUGCCUUAUCAGGGUAUUGGUGAUAAGAUCAAACUGCCUCCUUCCUGUUUCACAGAGCUCUCCGAUCAAGGAGCCUUUGACAAAGGGCCGCUGCAUUUCUCUCUAUCAUUGCUUCACCCUGAGGGUGCUAUGCACGUUGAUAAUGGUGAUGAAGGAGCGUCCAGGAUGACACAUGCUGGUGUCCUCGAGUUCACUGUUGAGGAAGGUUUUGUAGCACUUCCCCAGCACUGUUGGAGCAAUCUAUUCCCCGAAGAGGCUCCGAGCUCUGCUGCAGUCGAAGUACGUUACAUUUGGCUUCCCAAAGGAACGUAUGCGAAACUUCAAUCUGUGGAAUUUGGCUUUUCCGACAUUCCUAAUCACAAGGCAGUACUGGAGACGAGUCUUCGCCAUCACGCGACUCUUACUCAAGGGGAUGUUCUACUUGUCAAUCACGGUGUGUUGACAUACCAUUUGCGUGUUCUCGAGCUGAAGCCUUCGUCGAGCAUAUCUGUUCUGGAAACGGAUAUUGAGGUCUACAUCAUAGGUCCGGAGACCGUGGAUAACUCAAACCAGUAUAUGCUGAGGCCUCUCUCAUUUGGAAAACCAGAGUGUGGAGUGGUUGAGGAAGGGAAGUACAUGUAUUAUAAAUUCUCCUUGGACGACGAGACUUGGAAAAGAAUUUCUUCCAAGGAUGCGAAUAUUUUGGUUAAUCUUGAAACGCAGACACAAGACGGAGAUACCGACUUGUAUGUUUCUAGGCAUCCCUUAUUGUUCCCGACUCAGCACCAACAUGUGUGGUCAUCUCAUGAUUUGGGUUCAAAGGUGUUACUAAUCGGGGCCGAGGAUCAGAACUUGGGAACAGGUACCUAUACCGUUGCUGUGUAUGGCUACAAAGGGACGUCAAAGUACGAGGUCUCGGUGAAUGUUGAAGAUGUUGCUGGGCAGUUGGUGGGGCAGCACGCUGCAUCUUCAACCUCGUCUGCUGAGGUAGACACUGCAGAGUGCAGAAACUGUAAACGGCAUAUCCCCUCAAGAACGAUUGCUCUUCAUGAAGCCUAUUGUAGCAGGCAUAAUACCGUUUGCCAGCAUCCCAGUUGUGGGGUUGUUUUGAGGAUCAAGGAGAGUGAGAGGCACGUUCACUGUGAAAAAUGUAGUAAAGCGUUUCAAAGGGAAGAGAUUGAGAAACACAUGAAAGUUUUCCACGAGCCACUUCAUUGCCCUUGUGGGAUUGUUCUCGAGAAGGAGCAAAUGGUGCAGCACCAGUCCUCGAAUUGCCCAUUGCGCCUCAUUACAUGCCGGUUUUGUGGAGACAUGGUUCAAGCUGGGAGGUCAGCUGCUGAUGCCCGAGACCGUAUUAGAGGAUUAUCAGAACAUGAGAGUGUUUGUGGAUCAAGAACUGCACCGUGCGAUUCAUGUGGACGAUCCGUCAUGCUCAAGGACAUGGAUAUCCACCAAAUCGCAGUCCAUCCAAAGAACUAGUAGGCGUGUCCCCUUUCGGUCCUCAGAUAAUUGGUAUAUAUUCAACCUCUUUAGUUAGGAUGAUUGGGAUAUAUAGUACUAAGUAUUUGACAUCAUCAUUGAUGACUUAUUUGUUGUUUUGUAAAUUUGUCCAAUGAAUAUCUUAUGAUUUAAUGAUAAAAUCGGUUUACACAAAAUCA